CUUAUGCGAGAUGUUCUGUGCACAAUUUUCCCAGGAACAAGUGGUGGCCACUUUCUUGGGUUGAUAGAAUAAUUGUACAUCUGGUGGCCCUUGCUCAACGAGUUCCCUAGCAUCUAGAUGAUGCUCAACCAUGGGAGAGCAAGGAUGAAGAACAAGAGGUUCCGCUUCGAUCUAGAAAGCGCAAGAUAGCCUCAAACAAGGUCUCGAUUCGUUCCAAGGAUUUUGAUCCCUCAAAGAAAAAGAAAACCAAGAUGGAUUCUUCUAGUGGCCAAACAGCUUCUACUACAAAAAAGUCUGACAAGGGAAAAAACAAAGAAAAACAAAAAAAUCCUUUGGCUAAAACUGAUAAGGCCCCAAAAGUUGAGAGGUUGUUAAAAAAUGCCAUAAAAUCUCUUCCUCGAGCUGCUUCUUUACAAGGAAUCUCGAAAGACACCCUUCAAAAGGAUGUCAAAAUUAUCAGCCUUUCUUCUUCGCGGGAUUUGUUUAGAGAUCUUAACCCUAUUUCUGAUCAAACUCCUUUUCAAGUCAUUACUCCUACACUUGAGAAUAUUGCGGAUGCUCCUCAAGUAGAGCUUCCUACUGGUGUUGAGACUUCGACCCUGGACACCACCGUUAAUGCUGAAGCCUCUAACUUGGGUGUCCCUAUUGGUGUUGAAAUUCCUCAUUCAAACAUCCUUGUCGAUAUCGAAACUCCUCGACAGUCCUCUCAAGGUGAUGCCCCUUCUUUCGAGUUAAGACCUGACAUUCUUCUUGGCACAUGGGAAACCAUAGUUACCCCUGAUUCAGCUCAACUCGCUACGUCUUCUUCCAAACUAGAUAGGAAUGACCUCGAGUCUUCUAUGCCACCUCCAGCUUCAAUUCCUUCAGCUGAUUUUGAUUUAAUUAGCUUUUUCAAUGAUGAUGCUGAAGUAGAUAAUAUUUUUGAUGUGUUGGAGAAUUGGACUAGUGGGGCUUUGAUGUCGAAAAAAAUGCCUGAAUCUGUUGUUGCCUUUCAACCCCUACUGGAAGCCUUUCGCUCGAAAGCAUAAGUUGACGACUUGGACCAAGCGUUCUUGAUCCUUAAUUUUAAAUUUGAAGUCGAGAAAAUGGUAGACGACCUGUUAGCUUUGCAAGAUUUACCUCAAGAAAUCCAUACUGAACUUCAUGAAUUCGUGAAGCCUUUCACCCUUGCUUACGAACUUCGAGCUAAAUGGGCUAGCUCUUUUCAAGAGGUAGCUCAUAUCGAAGUAGAAACUGAGGGUGAUCGAACCAAGCUUGAACAUCUCAGGCAAGAGUUACUUUCCAUCUAAAAAUCCACAGAGGAGAUGAUUCCUUCUUUGAGGAAGUUGCAACAAGAAGAGGCUGACACUGAAAAAACCAUCGAGGCUUUACAAAAAGAGCUUGAAAAUAUUCGGUCCAAGAAAACUGCGUUGAAAGUGGAGAGCCAAGAAGUGCUACAAAGACAAAAACGUCUUAAGGAUGAGGGCAAGGAGAUAUCUUCAAGACUCUCUAAAACUCUUGAGCACAAGAAGCGACUAGAAACCCAAUGUGCUUCUCGAAGACACACCUUAGAUCAAGCCUAUCAGGCUUAUAGGAGUUUCAAGUGAUGCAUUCUUCAAUACAAUUAUCUUUCAUGGAAUUUUUUCAAGUAUUUACCGUUAAUUACCCUGCUCGUAGACUUAGAAUUUAUCUCUUUAAUUACAUACGCAUUUUUCGAUUACACUUGAUCAAUUACAAAUGAACCUUCCCAAUUACACGACCACUUGCCUAAGUAUCGAGAUUUUUGAUCCAUGGGAAGAAUUGUCUUUAAUACUAGAUCUCCGACUGCAAAUCUCUGAAUUUUAAUUCUUUUGUUGUAUGUCCUUUCGAAUUUUUCUUUUUACUGAAUGAUAUUUUGUAAUGCUAUUAUCCUUUAUUCAUCUAAUUGGACGAGCUUGUCAUACAUCGAGUUCCAAUAAUCCUCAGUUGGUAGAUCAUUUUGCUUCUGGACCUGAAUAGAUUGUAAAUUGAUAUCUAUAGGAAAUAUUGCCUCGUGACCAUAAACCAACUUGUAUGGCGUUGUUCGAGUAGCAUCCUUGGGUGAAUUUCUAUAAGCCCACAAUACUUGCAACAAUGUUUCAUGCCAAUUUCAAGGCUUUCCCGAGAUAUGUUUUUUAAUUAAUGCUAUAACUACUUUUUUAGAAGCUUCGACUUGGCCAUUAGCUUGUGCAUAGUAAGGUGUCUAAGUAACCAACUUGAUUCCUCUUGACUGAGCGUAUUGCAUAACCUUUCGCCCUGUAAAAACUGUACCUUGAUCCAUAGUGAUUGUCUGAGGUACUCCAAACCAAACUAUGAUAUGGUCUUCAAUGAAAUCUAAAAUCUCUUUUUGGUAUACCUCUUUCAAUGGGAUUGCCUCUACCCACUUUGUAAAAUAAUAUAUAGUUAUUAUUAUGUAUCUAUGGUUCUUUGAAGAUGGUGGGUGAAUUUGUCCUAUUAUAUCAAUUUCCCACCCUCGAAACGACCAUGGUUUGACAAUAGAAUGCAACUCAUUUGCUGGUAACCUCUGUAUUGGACCAUGUUUUUGACACUCCUCGCAACUUUUAGCAAAUUCGAUACAAUCCUUGAUCAUGCUUGGACAAUAGUACCCUUUUCUAGACAAGGUCCAUUUCAUUUUUUCUCCUUCUUGGUGAGCUCCACAAAUACCCUCGUGUACUUCUGCCAUAGCUAUAUAACUUUCAUGACUUCUGAGGCACUUAAAUAAAAUUCUGUCAAAACCUCUCUUGCACAGCUCGUUGUUCAAUAUGACAUAAUUAAGAGCCUGAUAUUUUAUCUUUCUUUCGACUUUUGAGUUUGGGUUUUGGAGAUAUUCGAUUAACUCUUUCCUCCAAUCCUGAGUGCUCGAGGUGUUGAUGGUGAAGCCUUCUUGAUUGUAACUCAACUCGUUUUCUGUACAAAUUAAAGAUUCAAGACAUUUUUUACUUAUCUUAUAUCUAGAUGCAGUUUGAGCUAAUUCAUUAGCAAUCCUAUUUGCAUUUCGAGCAAUAUGCUCCAACUGAACUUCAUCAAACGAGUUUAACAAUGCUAUGGCUCGAGAUUUACAUUCUAGUAGCCUUUCGCUUAUGUAUUUGUAUUCUCGAGUUAAUUGUUUAAUCACAAGUUGAGAAUCUCCUCGAAUUAUUAUGUUUCUUGCUCCCAAUUAUUUAAGUAACCUUAACCCGAUAAUCAAUGCUUCAUAUUCAGUUUCAUUAUUUGAGUAUUCAGGUUUUUUCCUUAAUGAAAAUUUUGUGGGAAUUUCACUAGGGGAAAUAAUUAAUAAUCCGAUUCCUGCUCCUAACUCGUGUUUCGAUCCAUCAAAAAAUAAUUCCUAAGAUUUUGUGGUUUCAUAACUUAUUAGUUCUGUUAAAUUCGAAUGAUCUGUGAGAAAAUUUUCAAUUACUUGUCCCUUAACCGAUUUAAGAGGAACGAAAGUUAAUGAAUAUUCUGUCAAUGCAAGUGCCCAUUUGUCAAUUCGAGAAUGCAACACAUGUUUACACAACAUAUAUUUAAUCACAUUACUUCGAGAAAAUACCAAUACAUCGAAAGGUCUAAGAUAAUACUUCAACUUUGUUCAAGCAAAAUAUAAACUUAAACAUAGUUUCUCUAAAGGAGUAUAUCUACUUUCUACUCCUACCAACAUUCUACUUAGAUAAUAAACAACUCUCUCGAUGCCAUUAUCAUCGUCUUGCGCCAGCAUGCCCGCAAUAGUUGAAUCGUUGACCGAAACAUACAAUUUCAGUUCUCCUCCUUUAGAGGGUUGUGCUAUUACUGGAGGAAGAGCCAAAUAAGACUUAAUUUCCUCGAGUGCCCUCUGGUGCUCUUCUUCCCAUCGAAAUGCCCCCUCUUUCUUUAAACGUAAUAAAGGAGAGAACACCUUAGUUUUUCCAGAUAAAUUUGAAAUAAACCUUCUGAGAAAGUUUAUCUUACCUAACAAAGAUUGCAGUUCCCUUUUGUUCGAGGGUGGCCUAGCCUCCAUAAUAGCCUUGGUUUUGUUUUUGUCCACUUCAAUUCCCUUUUGAUGUACGAUGAAUCCCAGAAACUCUCCUGCUGUGACACCAAAAGCACAUUUUAGUGGGUUCAUUUUUUAAACCAUGUUUUCUCACUCUUUCGAAAGAUAGCUUUAAAUGCUAUAAAUGGUCAUCCUUUUGUUUCGACCCAAUGACUAUGUCAUCAAUAUAUACUUGAAAAAACUUACCUAUCAAAUCAUGAAAUAUUAAAUUCAUUGCCCUUUGAUAUGUGGCACCUGCAUUUUUUAAUCCAAAUGGCAUUACCACCCAUUCGUAAACUCCUAAAGCUCCUGGACAUCGAAAAACAAUUUUUGAUAUAACAUUAGUUGCAAUGUAAAUUUGAUUAUACCUAGAAUAUCCAUCUAAUAGACUUAAGAUUUCAUUACCUGCAACUGCAUCUAUCAUUGUCUCAGUAAUAGGCAUAGGGUACUCAUCUUUGGGUGUAGCCAAAUUGAGAUCUCGAAAAUCAAUACACACCCUGAGCUUCCCAUUUUUCUUGAUGACAGGCACAAUAUUAGAUACCCAUUAAACAUAUCUCAAAGUACGAAUGAACUUGGCUUUCAGUAACCUCUCGAUUUCCUCUUUAAUUUUGUCAAUUACUUCAAGGGUGAACCUUUGAGGAUUCUGUUUCAUUGGUUUCUUUCCAGAAAUUAUUGCCAGUCUAUGUUCCACCAAUCCUCGAUCCAGACCAGGCAUUUCUUCAUACUCCCAAGCGAAACAGUCCUUAUAUUCGUGUAACACUCGAAUAACUCCUUCUCUUAGACUCCCCUUCAAAAGCUUGAUAAUAUAAGUGAUUUUCUUGUUCUCGAUGGUACCCAAGUUGAUUUCCUCUAAUGGAUCUUGGGCUCUAGCUUGUACUCUUCACUCUUUGACUUUUUGAAUCCCAAAGGAGAAUCAUCGAAAACACAAUCAAGCUUUGUUUCAGGCUCUGGCGGCCCUUUUUGCUGAACUUUGACUCCCUGGUUUUGUCGAUCAUUUUUUGUUUUUUCCUUUUCUUUUUCUUCGGCUAUUCCAACUGUUUUGUCCACACACUCUCUUAAGAUUCUCGAGGCAUCAUUAAUCCCCUCGAUGCCUUCACCAUCCUCGACCCUUCCGGCCGUUUGUUCGACCACGUAGGCCGAAAUUCGAGCUAAAAAGCUUGAAUAUUGAUCUCGGUAUGUUAUGCUUGCUCCUGAGCCGAUUCAGUCUCGACUUAAAGAAUAACAAAUCCUCUCUGUACAUCCCAACAAAAAAUAUUCUUAAAGCCUUCUUCUUCUUCUAACAUAGUGGCAUUAUGAACAUCGAAAGGCUUAGUUUUUGCAAACACAAUUAGUUGUUGAUCUGCGAAGUACAUGCCCACUUAAUAUUCUUUCUAGUUAGCAUCGAGUACUUCCAGUCCUUCAUCAUCAUUCCAGAAGAAGAUCUUCUGGUGAACAGUUAAAGGAACUGCCCCAACUCCGUGUUUCCAUUCUCGUCCUAGCAACAUAUUAAAAUUUACUUUUGACGGAGUCACGAUAAACAUUGUUAUCCUUUUCACACUCCCUAUCUACACAUUAAGUAAAAUCAUUAUUUUAGGUUGUGAGGACUUCCCUGCAUAAUCUGAUAUGAGAAUAUUGUGAGGCUUCAAAUCAGCUACUGUUUUUCCAAACCUUUUAAGCAUGAUUCUUGGGAGUAUAUUUAUAGCUUCUCCCCCAUCUACCAACACUUUGUUCACCUCAUGCCCUUCGAUCAUUAGAGUCAACAAUAGAGGCUUCAGAUGAGCCUUCAUUUCCUUAGUUGGCGAGUCAAACACGACUGAGUUGAACUUGGGGAUAACUCGAGAAAUCUGAUUAACCCACACAAUUUUUUAUUCAUAAUUAGGAUCAUCGAAAUAAUCUUCCCUAUGAAUGUCCUCUUGCUCAUUUACCGAUUCCAUGGCUCUAGCAUACUCAGAAGGCAAAAUUGACACUAUGCCACAAAUGUCAUCCAAGGAAUCCUCAAACCAACUCUCGAAGCAAUCAGUUAUCAUGUCUUCAUCAUCUUCCAUGAACUUUCAAGAUGAGUCACCCUUUUGGGGCACUGGGAUUGAGAAACGAUUUCCCCUGAAACCCUCGAAUGUAGCCUUGCUCAUUCUUUGCUGCCUUCUCCAUUGGGUAUUGGUUAAAUUAUUGAAAGGCUUCUGCUUAAGUCCACGCCCAUAACUUCCAGGCACAUUCGAAAACUUCCCAGGGGCUCCCUGGAAUGUGGGUCCCACAUAGUUCAUGACUUAUUUUCCUUGACCCAUUCCAGCCAUAUGCCUCUGUAGUGCAAUCCACUUUCCUACUAGUACAUUCGCAUUUGGCACAAAGGUAUUGCCAAAUCUCGAUGAGUUGUGCAUUUCCAUUUUUCUUAUUGGAGCAUUAUACUGAGGCAUGUGUAUCUGCCUCAUAGUCAGCCCAGUGUUUUCCUUUGCCUUCUCUUGAAGUUUUUCAGCUUUAUAGCUUUUCAGUAACUCUGAUUCCUUG